AUGUUUUGUUGCUUAAAUGUACUGCCACUCCCGCUGCAGAUCUGCAUGGGGAUGUGCCCGGACAUCACAGAAGAGAGUAAAAAGGCCAAACUGCAGAGCUCUAAAAUCGAGCAAGAUCUCUGUGAGCAAGCCAGGGCUGAGAGGAAUGUGGUCAAAAUCCUAAUGCUAGGAACUGCAGAGAGUGGCAAGAGUACAUUGGUCAAGCAGAUAAAGAUAAUCCAUACUCAUGGUUUCUCCAAACAGGAGCUCAUUACUUUCAAGCCUGCCGUUUUAGACAACCUUUUGACCUCGAUGAAGACGGUUCUCCAAGGGAUGGGCACCCUGCGGAUAAACCUCGCAAACAAGAAGAACAAGAUACAUGCCCGCUCCAUUCUGUCCUGCAGCCAGUGUUUUGGAGAUGAAGAGGAGCUGCUUCCUUUUGUGGCUCAUGCUUUCUGUGCCCUUUGGAACGACCAAGGCGUAAGAGCAGCUGCAGCCAGAGGUUACGAAUUUGAGCUCAAUGACUCUGCACUCUAUUUCUUCGAGAACAUAAGUCGAAUCAUCAGCCCAACCUACGUUCCCACUGAGACGGAUGUUCUGAGAGUCAGAGUGAGGACCCGUGGAAUCAUCGAGACGCAGUUUCGGGUUAAUAAAACAACCUUUCGAUUGUAUGAUGUUGGAGGCCAGCGAAGUGAGAGGAGGAAGUGGCUCAGCUGCUUUGAUUGUAUUCAUGCUGUGGUGUUUGUUGUGGCCCUCAGCAGCUAUGACAUGAUGCUUUUGGGGGAUCCUGCAGUGAAUCGGCUUGAGGAGAGUCUUGAUUUUUUUUCAUCAAUCUGCACCAACGCGCUCUUCCAGAGAGCUUCGCUGGUUCUGUUCAUGAACAAAACAGACCUUUUCCGUCAGAAAAUCCUGCACUCUGGGAGACACUUGAGGUUUUAUCUUUCGUGCUACAAAGGAGCGGAUUGUGACGUGGAUGCAGGAGCUCGCCACAUCACUGCCAUGUUUUCAGCAUGUAACAGCAAUCAUGACAAGGCUGUGUAUCACCACUUCACCACUGCCACAGACACCACAUGCAUACAGGUGGUCUUCCACAUGGUCAUUGACCAAAUAAUCCUAGCAGGAAACCUAGCAGCUGUCCAGCUGUUGUAG